AUGAAGUACAUUCUCAUCGCCUCUCUUCUUUCCUCCGCGGCGUAUGCCGCUCCUUUCGCUCAGGUUCGGGGCGCUCAAACUGGCGGGGCGAGGACAGGCACGACGCCUCAGGCGCAGACAGGUACUGGCGCAGGAAUUGCAAACGGACAAACUCCCUCCGCGAAUGACCUCGCCACUGCCGUCUCCAACUGGAUGGCCGAUACCUCUAUGGUCUCCAACUUCUUGAACACCGGACCAAACAUCCAGAACAACGUCCAGUUCAAGCAGGCUGCCACUGUUGCCUUCAAUGCCGAGGUAGACGAGCUGAACCACAAGGCUAUCAUCGACGCUGCUAACAGCGCUGACCCCAAUGUCAUUGCUGCCAACAGCACCCUUGCUACCGGUGGAGCUUUCCAGGAUGUAGUCGAUAAGCUACAGGAGAUGUCUGUCAAGGGACAAGCCGCUGCAGGCAACAUUGAUUUGAUCAACCAGAACCGUUGCGUCAAUGUCCUCCCUAACAUUGAUGCCUACAUGGCCUCCACUGGUUCUUCCUCCCAGGCUGUUCGCCCCACCGUCUGUGAUCAGACCGGUGUCGCUGGCGGUGUUCAGGGUACGGGAGCUACCCUGCCCGGCCAGCCCGCAGGUAGCCCUGCGGCUGCUUUUGCUGCGGCCCAGGCUCUUGUUGCUAAGACUGGUAACGGGCUUGUUCAGAAUGGUGCUACGCCU